GUGUUCUAAAGGUGAUUUUUAUGGCUGUAAAAUUAAUAAAUCAUCCUUUCUUACAUGUUCUCUUGUUUACUGUUAAGUUUCUGAAUUCUGACUCUAGAUCUAUAGUUGCUGCAGCUUGCAGAGAAGCAAGUUCAAUCUUAAUUUGAUUUUUAUAGUUCUUUUUUUUUCCCCUCACUGUCACUCGGUCUGUUCUGGUCCUGCUCUGCUCUGCUCCUUUUGACCCAUUUUCGUGCCCAUAUGCGAGAAAUGGAGUCCCAAAACCCACCUUCAAAGAUUGCACGUCUUGCAUAUUCUGGUAUUGGACAGACAGGUUGUUUGAACAUGGAGAGACAUGGAUCCAGCGGGGGUUCCUCAGGUUCACCUCCAAUAGGGUUAGGACUUGCGCUUGGAAGUGGUGGGUCGACUGAUCACAGCCCGAUACCAAUCCCCGACUGCACAAAAUCUUACGGCUUCACCAUUCUUCAACUGCAAGAGCUAGAACUCCAGUCUAUUAUCUACAAGUACAUAGAAUCUGGAUUCCCAGUCCCCUACCAUCUUGUUCUUCCUAUAUGGAAGAGUGUUUCUAGCUAUCUCAGCGGUCUCAACUCAAGCUUAUAUCAACUCUACCCUUCCUUCAUGGGAGGUAACAUCCCAUUGCAUAUGGACUACAGAAAUGUGAUGGACCCGGAGCCAGGGAGAUGUAGAAGAACAGAUGGGAAGAAAUGGAGGUGCAGCAAAGAGGCUCUCCCAGAUCAGAAGUACUGUGAGAGGCACAUGCAUAGAGGGCGUCAGCGUUCAAGAAAGCUUGUGGAACCUACUUCUUCUCAAGCCAUUAGUGCGAGCACCAACCUCUCCAUUUCACUUCCAGUGAGUAGCACUGCCCCUCUAUGCCAUUCAAAUAGUGAUGAUGGAGCUAUUAAUUUGCUAUUAAUUAAUCAGCAUCAACCUAAAUUCUAAUCCGUUUCAUGGGUAAUUAAUGAUAUAUAGUUGUCAAAUGAUCCAUCAACUGGAGAAGUUGGAUUGAGGCCAUAGUUUAAAACAGGAGAAAUGCUGUUGUUAGUGUUAGCAUUGUCAGGUGGAGGAUCUUAAGAUGGGAAAUUCGUGGGCUCCAGCGUUGUUUAAUUGUGCCUUUUUUUCAAGCGGGACAAGUUUGUUUUCAUAUUUUGUUCUGUAUGCCCAACCCCUGUUCCUAGUUAAUUAAUUUAGGGUUUUGUAGAAGCAUAUCUUAUGCAAUAGAAUUUGCAUUUAAAUUGUUUCGUAUUGAUGUGGUAAUGUAAUUAUCCAUCGUUUCAUUUAAGCAUA